CGUCUUGCAAAGUCCACUGUUGGACUUUGAGCGACGCUGCAACAUAGCUACAGAAGGAAUGCGGCUAAUCAGUCCACUGAAGCCGGGGCUAGCAGUGGGAAAACUCGCCACAUUGUAUUUUAACCGGGGCUGGCAGCGCUUUGUGAGCGCCAGUAGCGGUUUAAAAAUGUCACCAGUAAACCUGAGAGUGGAGCCCGAGUCGAAGUGUCUCUUCGACCGGCCCGUGACAGUGAAAGUGGACGGUCUGGCCCCGCGUCAGUUGGUGACACUGAGGGCGACACUGACUGACGAGAAGGGAGACAUCUUCAGCUCCUCCGCCCGCUAUCAGUCGGACGGGAAGGGGCGGCUGGAUCUCUCCGCGUCCCCCGCUCUAGGAGGUGACUAUUCCGGGGUACAGCCGAUGGGCUUUCUGUGGGCCCUCAAGCCUCAGAACCCGUUCAGAAGGCUGAUGAAAAGGGACGUGACGAGACCAUGCAAGGUCCAUAUCGAGGUACGGUCCGGUGGGGAAGAAGUGGGGAAGGACAACCCCGGGCCGCUGCUUGCCUCCUGCGCACACGAGCGGGUGUUCAUCGGCCAGGGGGUGAGAAGGGUGCCGGUGAAAGAGGGGCGCAUCCGGGCAACGCUCUUUCUGCCGCCCGGCAAGGGUCCGUUCCCAGGGCUGGUUGACCUGGGCGGGACAGCGGGGGGGCUGCUUGAAUAUCGCUCCAGCUUGCUGGCAGGGCACGGCUUCGCUGCGAUGGCGCUGGCAUACUUCGGGUUCGAGGACCUCCCAGAGAGGAUGUCGGAGUUCCACCUGGAGUACUUCGAGGAGGCGCUGCGGUACCUCCAGGCUCUGCCGCAGGUGCGCGAGGGCGGCGUGGGCGUGCUGGGUAUCUCGAAGGGUGCGGACCUUGCUCUCUCCAUGGCCAGCUUCCUGCCCGGAGUCUCGGCGGUGGUCAGCGUGGCCGGCUGCAACGCUAACUUCAUGACCCCGCUGCAGUGUGGGGGCUCGACGCUGCUGCCCGGCCUGGGCAUGUGCCUGGAGCGGGUUCGAGUGGAUGAGGCCCUGGGGGGGGUACUGGACUUCUCGGACUGCUAUGAGGAUCCCCGGGACCCCUCCCUGCAGGGCUGCGUGGUGCCCAUCGAGAGAGCCAGCGCCAGGUUCCUGUUCCUGGUGGGUGAAGACGACCAGAACUGGCCCAGCACGCUGUACGCCAUGGAGGCAGCGCAGAGGCUGGGGGCUCAUGGCAGAGCCCCCCCUGAGGUGGUGAUCUUCCCCGGAGCUGGGCACCUCCUGGAACCCCCUUACUUCCCGCACUGCCGCGCCUCCUUCCACAAGCUCGUGGGAGCCCCCCUGCUGUGGGGAGGGCAGCCCCAGCCUCACGCAGCUGCGCAGGAGCAAGCCUGGAGCAGGGUGCUGAGCUUCCUGAAGGAGAGCCUGCCGGGGGAGGCGGCGCGGAGCAGGCUGUGAGACACACACAGCAGCGCUGGGUACCCUUGACUGUUGUGCAUAUAGAGUUCUGUUUGGAAAUGCAACAAGGCAAGAGUCUGUAACUUCCUUUGGUUUGAUAUAUUUUGAAAGCGUUCCCUCCGGUCUUAAUUAAAUCCUGCGUUUUUUUUGUUUUUGUUUAUUUUUAAAGGAGAAAAAAAAAAUGUUACAGGAAGACCUCGAGAGUGCUUGAGAGAACUUAAAACAUAUAAUUUAGAUGUUUGGUUUUAGUUUUGUAAAAUGAACGUUUCACGAAAGACCGGAGUAAAGGCUUUGGAAAUAUGGCCCUUUGCUUUCUAAAAAAAUAAAAUAGUUCCGGAAUGUGAUCUGAUAUAUAUUUAUGAAAUAAAACACUUGACAA